GCGUUGCCCCGCCCCUUCUGUCCGCACGGUUUGUUGAUUGUAAACGCGGAACUGCUGUUAGCGCUGCGCUCCGUCUCUGCGGGCCCAAGAAGACAAAAGGACGAUACCCUCGCCGUUCGGCACCGACCGCCGUUCGCGUUAUCACCAGCAAUGUUGCGCUUGCGGGCGUUGUCCGCGGUGUCCCUGGGGCUGGCGCAGUUGUCCCGGCGCUACCACAGCGGAGCAGUUCAAGGCUCCGGCCGCAGGAGGCUGAUGCUCGCAGCGCUGGCCGGGGUAACGGGCGUGUCUGCUGCCACUGGGCUGCUCUGGAAACGAGCAUACGCAGAGGCAGGGUCUUCCGUUCAACACUCCGAGCAACCAGGUGGAGAGGGGACAGAUUUCGUGAGGGACGCAGCCUCUGAGACGGAGUCUGAGAAAUCCGUGGAGGCCAGCAGCGGAGACGAAGAAGGAAAUGACGGCGGCGAGGGGAAGAAAAAGAAGCCACGCUCUGGAUUCCGUGACCGCAAGGUGAUGGAGUACGAGAACAGGAUCAGAGCGUACUCGACCCCCGACAAGAUCUUCCGCUACUUUGCAACGCUGAAGGUCAUUGGCGAGCACGGAGAUGCUGAGGUUUACAUGACGCCGCAGGACUUCAUACGCUCCAUCACGCCAAACGAGAAGCAGCCUGAGAGUCUAGGCCUGGAUCAGUUCAUUGUGAAGCGAUAUGAUGGAAAGGACUUCUGGCAGACGGAGAAAAUCGCCCAAGAAAGGGAGAAGUUUGCAGAUGAGGACAGCAUAUUUUACACGCUGGGAGAAUGUGGCCUUAUCUCCUUCUCUGACUACAUCUUCCUCACCACUGUGCUGUCCACUCCCCAAAGGAACUUUGAGAUUGCUUUCAAGAUGUUUGAUCUUAACGGCGAUGGAGAGGUUGAUCUUGAGGAGUUUGAACAGGUCCAGAGCAUCAUACGUUCCCAGACCAGUAUGGGCAUGCGACACCGCGACCGCUCUACCACAGGAAACACCCUGAAGACGGCCGGCUGCAGCUCUGCUCUCACCACAUACUUUUUUGGAGAAGACUUGAAGGGAAAACUCACCAUCGGCAACUUUCUGGAGUUCCAGAGGAAACUGCAGCAUGAUGUGCUGAAACUAGAGUUCGAGAGGAAUGAUCCCGUGAGCGGCAGAAUCAGCGAGAGGCAGUUUGGCGGUAUGCUGCUGGCCUACAGUGGCGUCCAGUCUCGUAAACUCAAGCAGAUGCAGAAGGGCUUGAAGAAGAUGUUUAAGGAUGCACAGGGCAUCACAUUUGAGGAGGUGGAGAAUUUCUUUACCUUCCUAAAGAACGUGAACGACGUGGACACGGCGCUGAGUUUCUACCACAUGGCCGGAGCCUCCAUAGAUAAAGUCACCAUGAAGCAGGUGGCCCGCACCGUGGCCAAAGUGGAGCUGUCGGACCACGUGUGUGAUGUGGUGUUUGCGCUGUUCGACUGCGAUGGGAAUGGAGAGCUCAGUAAUAGGGAGUUCAUAGCAAUUAUGAAGCAGCGGCUGAUGCGUGGGCUGGAGAAACCCAAGGACAUGGGCUUCACUCGGCUGGUGCGCGCCAUGUGCAAGUGUGCCCAGGACACGGCCUGGGACUUUGCCACAACGAGGACGCAAUAAGGCCGGCGUUGGAAUGAAGCAACAUCAGCAUCAGAGACCUUUUCCUUCAAGACGUCGCAACGAUCCAAACGGACACUUAAUGAAAUGAAAUCAUUGGGGCCGCAGCUCUGACGCAUUAACGCAUGUUGCUGUAGUUCAGACCGUCCAUAUAUGGACAUAAGCGCGCUGACGUAGCGCACCGUGUCCCUAAAAGGCUUCUCUGGCAUCCCUGUCCAAGGCAUCGUGGGUAUUUGUGUGAAAUAAAAUGACGAUUUGUUCCAUAUUCUAUAGAGGAAUGCACUGUCAGCAGGUCGCUGUGGCCACCACAAACCGCUCGUGUGCAUUUCACAUGUUUUCGAGGUCGAGCAGUGUAAUAAAUCCUACUUGACCUUCAGCUGUGUAAAUGCUGCAGCAUGUCUGUUGUAUGCAGACAACAGACCCUUAGUUAUUCCUUUGUUGGUACAGAGAGCAGACGUGGGUAAUCUUGUUGGCACCUCUUCAUCCGGCCUGCUAACUCCAACUGCACCAUUUGUCCCAUAUUAGCACAGUGAUGCUUGUCUCGCUGGACAAUGUAUACUGUUCAACAUGUGUAUUCAUCCAUUUCCCUCUGAAACACUUUAUAACAGAUGGAUGUUAAAAGAAAUGCUCUAUUAAAGAUGUUUUUAAUAACAUAAA